AUAUUUGUGUCUUUUUUGCGGGGUGCGCGAGAACAUAGGAGGUUGGAAAAAGUAAUAGUCAUAUAUUUGAGCCAUAUUUCAAUUUUGUAACUCCAACUGAACUCUUUUCCGCUGCCUGAGCAUACUCUCCCUCCCUUCUCCGACAGUCGCAUCGUCCCCUCCUCCAUCAUUGUGCCUUCCAACUUGGACCGCGGUGGCGUAGUCAUUUAUUACACCAGCCUCCACAUUAUUCUCCGCACCUUCAGCAACUACCGUUUUUAGCAUUAUUGAUAUUUGUAAAUUGUAAUAUUCAAACACAAAACCUUCACAAAAACAUGAUUAACACUAAACCUUUUCAUUAUGUUAACCAUUCAAAACUUAGCUCUUUAAUUGAUUUAUGCAAAUCCAUUAACCAAAUUAAACAAACCCAUGCAAAUUUAAUCACCACAGCACAAAUUACACUUCCUGUUAUAGCCAACAAAUUCCUCAAAAACGUUGCUUUAGCUUCUCUUACUUAUGCACACAAACUGUUUGAUCAAAUUCCUCAACCAGAUUUAUUCAUUUACAACACCAUGAUUAAAUCACAUUCUAUGUCGCCACAUUCAUAUCUUGAUUCUAUUGCGGUGUUUAGAUCAUUAAUAAGGGAUUCAGGUUAUUUUCCGAAUCGGUAUAGUUUUGUGUUUGCUUUUGGUGCUUGUGGAAAUGGGAUGUGUGUGAGGGAAGGGGAGCAGGUUUUUACACAUGCUGUGAAAGUUGGUUUGGAUGGUAAUGUGUUUGUUGUGAAUGCAUUGAUUGGUAUGUUUGGAAAGUGGGGACGUGUGGAGGAUGCGAGGAACGUGUUUGAUUCGGCUGUAGAUAGAGAUUUCUAUAGUUGGAACACUAUGAUUGGUGCGUAUGUUGGAUCCGGUAACAUGGUUUUAGCGAAGGAAUUGUUUGAUGAAAUGCAUGAGAGAGAUGUUGUGUCCUGGAGUACUAUAAUAGCUGGUUAUGUUCAGGUUGGCUGUUUCAUGGAGGCUUUGGACUUCUUCCACAAAAUGUUGCAAUCCGAGGUCAAACCAAAUGAAUAUACCAUGGUAAGCGCUCUUGCAGCCUGUUCAAAUCUUGUCGCGUUGGAUCAGGGAAAGUGGAUCCAUGUUUACAUCCGGAGGGACAAUAUUAAGAUGAAUGAUAGACUUCUGGCUAGCCUCAUUGACAUGUAUGCAAAGUGUGGCGAGAUAGAUUCUGCAUCGAGUGUUUUCCAUGAACACAAAGUGAAGCGAAAGGUUUGGCCAUGGAAUGCCAUGAUUGGUGGGUUUGCAAUGCAUGGAAAACCUGAAGAAGCUAUAAAUGUGUUCGAAAAAAUGAAGGUUGAAAAAGUUUCUCCUAAUAAAGUAACAUUCAUUGCCUUAUUAAAUGCUUGUAGCCAUGGUUAUAUGGUUAAGGAGGGAAAAUCAUAUUUUGAAUUGAUGGCUAGUGAUUACGGAAUUAAUCCUGAAAUAGAGCAUUAUGGAUGUAUGGUAGAUUUACUUAGUCGUUCCGGGCACUUGAAGGAUUCUGAAGAGAUGAUUUUGAGCAUGCCAAUGGCUCCGGAUGUUGCGAUUUGGGGAGCCCUGUUGAAUGCUUGUAGAAUCUAUAAAGAUAUGGAGCGCGGAUAUAGAAUAGGUAGGAUAAUUAAAGAAAUUGAUCCUAACCAUAUAGGCUGUAAUGUUUUGUUGGGUAAUAUAUAUUCUACAUCUGGAAGAUGGAAUGAAGCAAGGAUGGUAAGAGAGAAAAAUGAAAUCAACAGUGACAGGAAAAAAAUUCCUGGUUUCAGCUCAAUUGAAUUGAAUGGGGUAUUCCAUGAAUUCCUUGUUGGUGAUCGAUCACAUCCUCAGAGUAGGGAGAUUUAUUCAUUUUUGGAUGAGAUGAUAAGCAAGUUGAAGAUUGCCGGGUAUGUUCCCGAGUUAGGGGAAGUUUUGCUUGAUUUUGAUGAUGAGGAAGAUAAAGAGACCGCUCUUUCUGUACAUAGUGAGAAGUUGGCUAUUGCUUUUGGACUGAUGAACACAGCACCAGGAACUCCAAUUCGUAUUGUGAAGAAUUUAAGAGUUUGUGGGGAUUGUCAUCAAGCAACAAAAUUCAUCUCCAAGGUUUAUGAUCGAGUAAUUAUAGUACGAGAUAGGAUGAGGUAUCACCACUUCAAAGAUGGAAUUUGUUCUUGCAAAGACUACUGGUAGAUUAAGAAAGUGCUGUUCAACCCUAAUCUCUGAUGCAUAAGUUGCAACAAGCGAACUGUUCUCCCUGCAGUGACAUUUUGUUCAGCGGUUUCAAUUCUCUUGUCCCUGCCUGCAUUGUGUCUGAGGAGGAACCAAUGUCUCGAGAGUUUGGUUGACUGGCAAAGCCCAAAAAAGUCAUUGCUUUGUGCAUUUUGUGCGGUUUUCUGCUGCAUUAUGUGGAUUGUUUGUUCACUGAGUCGGAUCAUUGCGAGUUUUGGUGGAGCAUGUGCUUGUAUAUCUUUGUAAAAGGAAAAUGUAGUUCCUUUUAAUGUUUGCCCAAUUUAGCCCUUAUUGGUUAUACUUUCGCUUCGAAAUCACAAGUGAUGCGUCAGGUAUGUUGUUGAGAUACUGGACAUUAUGUUGUCAUUACAUGCCCAUUUUGUCUAGAUACUAAUGAGGUUGAAAGUAAAUUAGAUGUAACACUCUGAUAAAUCGAGUCCCCACAACUUGGUCUUGUAUUUUGUAGAAGAACAGUAAAGAACAAAAACUGUUGUUUUGUGUAAAAAAUAUCUAAAUGUUAAUAAAGAAACCUUCUACUAAGCAUAUACUCAUGGAUCUCCAAUUCUGAUAAAGCUUGAGCAUUUUUUGUGUUGGCUGCCUUAAGUAUUUGAUUCAAAGUUUCAAACAAACUUUGUAAUACUGCAGAAGCCUUUUUGGCACAAUGAGUUGUUUAGUUCCGGAGUGUGGUGCUGAGGAAUCAAUCGCUCACCUUUUCUGAGUGUCCGGUGUUUGCAGGUACAUGGUAUGUGAUUAGAGAUUGGCUUGGAAUUUCUACAGCUUUUCAAAAUGACGGUUUGCCUCAUUUAGAUCAAUUUCAAGGUUUGAUUGGUAGACUUGGUGUGAUUUGGUUUGCCUGUAUUUGGAAGGCAAGGAAUGACAAAUUAUUCAAAACCAAGGAAGUUUGCUUGGAAAAUAUUGUUGAAUCGGUGAAACGAAGUUGCUGGAAUUGGCUGAGAUUCAAGACAAAUAGCAUGGAGUACAAUCUGAGUCAAUGGUUCGUGAAUUCAGAGCUUGUCUCGGCUGUGUGGAAUCACAAGUGUGAGGUUGAGGUGUGUUUUGUGCAUUUGGAGAUGGGUCAGACUCGGAUAAAUAUCAUCUGGAUAGAGUUUCGGAGUAUUCUGCAGCGACAGGACAGAUUCAGAUAUUUUACAGGAUAUCAAAAUGCAUCAGCAUUUUCAUCUCGUGUAUUAUUCCUGUGUGUUGAGGUUCCAUUUCUGUGUAAUUCAGGCAGGCUAAUGUACAAAAGCCGCAUCAGGUUUGUUGGGACUGUGUUGUGAGCUCACCAGAGAUCUAUUAUCGUCUUUGCUGGAAGUUGAAUUAUUUGUUUCAGAGAUUACUUAGUUUUGACGGUGGCCUGUUAGUUCUUAAGUGGAUUUUCUCUGUUUUUUUUUUUGCUGAUUGGAGGUCAUCAAUGGCUUGGGAUAUCAUCGGCGUUCAAGAAGGAAGGUUGCACACGUCUAGAUCAGUUGAAGGUUUGGUGCUUCAGAUUGUGUUUGCAAUAUGGAUUUUUAGUUUUUUAGUUGCUGAUUAAGGGUUUCGUUAUUAGCCUUUCAAGCUUCGGUGUCGCUGUUUAGGCUUGUCCAAGUUAUUGGAUCACUUGGUGUGUGGCUGCUGCUGCCUGUUUAAUUCAAUCUAGUGCUGAUCAGUUGGCUUAAGCAUUCCCAUAGUUCGUCGUUUCUUGGUUUUAAGUUUCUGCGGCGUCGUCUGAGUUCGGCUGGGUUAAGAGAGCUUAUGUCUAGUCUUGUUUUCUUUAGGCAAGGUUUGUUAUUCAUUGUAUCAGGUUAUGGGGCUGGUUGCUUUGUGGGAGGCUUUUAAGGCUGUUUCUUGUAUCUAGUUUGUGUCUGUUUGGGCGAACUCUUUGUACUGUUAUAGGCAUAUCUUAUGCCUCUUAUUUUAAUUUAAUUUAUUCUUGUUUUUUUAAAAAAAAAAACUGACGUACCAAAAAAAAAAGUGAGCCAUCAUUUUAACAAAACAGUUGGGCAUGUGAAAAAAGAAGUCUCAAUCUCUAGUAUUUAAACCAUUGUAGCAAAAUGUCAUAAGUGAGAAAAAUACAAGGACAAAGAAAAGCAACCGGUUGCAAGAAAGGUUUUAACAUAUUAUUUAAAAUUAGGUUAUUACUCAAUGAAUAUUCAAGUAUUGGAUUUUAUCUUUGGCUUAAAUAAACACGUUCUGCCACAUUCAUCUUCCCUACCUACGACAUUGCUCUUUGUUACUUGAUUAAUUGAAAAUGGUAGUGAUUUCUGCAAUUGCUUCCAAAUCAAUAUUGAUGUGUCAGGUAUGUUGUUGAGAUCUAGGACAUUAUGUAGUAAUGACAUGCCCAUUCUCUAGAUACUGAUGAGGUUGAAAGUAAAUUAGAUGUAAUACUCUGAUAAAUUGAGUUCCCUCGACUUGGUCUUGUAUUUUGUAGAAGAACAGUAAAGAACAAAAACUGUUGUUUUGUGUAAAAAAUAUCUGAAUGUUAAUAAAGAAAACUUCUACCAAGCAUAUACUCAUGGAUCUCCAUUUCUGAUAAAGCUUGAGCAUUUUUUGCGUUGGCUGCCUUAGGUAUUUGAUUCAAAGUUUCAAACAAACUUUGUAAUACUGCAGAAGCCUUUUUGGCACAACGAGUUGUUUAGUUCGGGGAGUGUGGUGCUGAAGAAUCAAUCGCUCACCUUUUCUUUGAGAGUCUGGUGUUUGCAGGUACAUUGUAUGCGAUCAGAAAUUGGCUUGGAAUUUCUACAGCUUUUCAAAAUGACGAUUUGCCUCAUUUAGAUCAAUUUCAAGGUUUGAUUGGUAAUGGGAGAGUAUUCGCUAGUAGACUUGGUGUGAUUUGGUUUGCCUGCAUUUGGAGUAUUUGUAAGGCAAGGAAUGACAAAUUAUUAAAAAACAAGGAAGUUUGCUUGGAGUACAUUCUGAAUCAAUGGUUCGUGAAUCCCAGAGCUUGUCUCGGCUGUGUGGAAUCGCAAGUCUGAGGUUGAGGUGUGUUUUGCGCGUUUGGAGAUGGGCCAGACUCGGAUAAAUGUCAUCUUGAUAGAGUUCUGGAGUAUUCUGCAGCGAGAGGACAGGUUCAGAUAUUUUACAGGAUAUCAAAUUGCAGCAGCAUUUUCAUCUCGUGUAUUAUUCCUGUGUGUUGAGGUUCCAUUUCUGUGUAAAUCAGGCAGGCUGAUGUACAAAAGCUGCUUCAGGUUUGUUGGGACUGUAUUUUGAUCUCACCAGAGAUAAGUUUAUCGUCUUUGCUGGAAGUUGGAUAAUUUGUUUCAGAGGUUACUUAGUUUUGACGGUGGCCUGUUAGUUCUUACGUGGAUUUUCUCUUUUUUCUACUGAUUGGAGGUCGUCAAUGGCUUGGGAUAUCAUCGGUGUUCCAGAAGGAAGGUUGGGCACAUCUAGAUCAGUUGAAGGUUUGGUGCUUCAGAUCAUGUUUAUAAUAUGGAGUUUUAGUGUUUUACUUGCUGAUAAAAGGGUUUCGUUAUUAGCCUUUCAAGCUUCGGUGUCACUGUUUAGGCUUGUCAAAGUUAUCGGAAUCACUUGGUGUGUGGCUACUGCUGCUUGUUUUAUUCAAUCUAGUGCUGAUCAGUUGGCUUAGGCGUUCCCAUAGUUCGGCAUUUCUUGGUUUUAAGUUUCUGCGGCGUCGUCUGAGUUCAGCUGGGUUAAUAGAGCUUAUGUCUAGUCUUGUUUCUGUUU